ACUAUCAUUGUGAUAUGUAUAACGAAAUUAUUCUCUCAUUAUGAAUAAUUCAACUAAAGCAAAAAUCUCUGAUAAAAGAGAGAAGCCAUAUCACUGUGAUAUCUGUGGUAAGUCAUUCUCUAAAACUGGUAAUCUAAGAAUGCACAGACGUGUUCAUACUGGAGAAAAACCAUAUCAGUGUGAUAUCUGUAGUAAAUCAUUUUCUGAAAAUGGCACUUUAACGAGACACCUACGUAUUCAUACAGGAGAGAAGCCAUAUCAUUGUGAUAUCUGUGGUAAAUCAUUCUCUCACAGUAGUGACUUGCCUAAACAUAAUCGUAUUCAUACUGGGGAAAAACCAUAUCAUUGUGAUAUCUGUGGUAAAUCAUUUUCUAGAAGUAACAGUUUAACUGAUCACAAACGUAUUCAUACAGGAGAGAAGCCAUACCAUUGUGAUAUCUGUGGUAAAUCACUUUCCCAUAAUUCUACUUUAAACAAGCACAAACGUAUCCAUUCAGGUGAGAAGCCAUAUCAUUGCGAUAUCUGUGGUAAGUCAUUUUCUGGUAAUAGCAAUUUAAUCAGUCACAAACGUAUUCAUUCAGGUUAAAAACCAUAUCAUUGUGAUAUCUGUGGUAAAUCAUUCUCUCACAGUAGUGACUUGCCUAAACAUAAACGUAUUCAUACUGGGGAAAAACCAUAUCAUUGUGAUAUUUGUGGUAUGUCAUUCUCUCAAAAACGCCAAUUAAGUACACAUCUGAGUAUUCAUACACAGGUGUAAUCGUAUCAAUAUCAAAAUUUAUUACAACCCGGCAGGACAAGUGAGACCAUAACCCAUGGUCUCUACCUGGGAUGUAGCCAGUCCACUUAUGCAUACCUUUCCUUCUUGGGACAGAAAACUCUACUACUGAAGACCUGUUGAUGCAAGUGAGAAUCAAAAUCGAAAUCAAUCAACAUCAAUGGAAAUUGUAGCUGUGAUACCAGUACUGGUUGCACGUAAAAAGCACCA